AUGGCAGGGCCGAAGAAGUUCAAGAAAGACAAUGAUAGCAAGAAAUGGAAGAAACGAAAGAAGGAAGAUGAUGAUGACUACUAUGAUGAUGACACAAACGAUGGCAUGGAGGGAGAUGGUGUGCCCGAUGCUGCCAAGAAAAAUGUGGAAACUGCAGAGACUGGAGUUCUGGAGGAUGAAUUCGGGGCUAAAGAUUAUCGCCCUCAAAUGGAUUUGAAGACAGAUCACAGCUCUCGUCCACUGUGGGUGGCCCCUAAUGGACAUAUAUUUUUAGAGUCCUUUUCUCCUGUGUACAAACAUGCUCAUGAUUUCCUAAUUGCCAUAUCAGAGCCUGUGUGUAGACCCGAACACAUUCAUGAGUAUAAACUGACAGCUUACUCACUGUAUGCUGCUGUCAGUGUUGGACUUCAAACCCACGAUAUCAUUGAGUAUCUGAAACGUCUAAGCAAAACAACUGUACCUGAUGGCAUUAUUGAAUUUAUUAAGCUUUGUACUCUAUCAUAUGGAAAGGUUAAAUUAGUUUUAAAGCACAAUAGAUACUUUGUAGAAUCUCCUUUUCCCGAAGUUUUACAAAAGAUGCUUAAGGACCCUGUUGUUCAACAAUGUCGUCUCAGACGUGAUGCUGCUGAAGGCGAAGGUGAAGGGGAGGAGAAUGUAGAUGCAAAUGGCUUCAUCACAACUGUCAAUGACAAAAAAAAUGUUCCACAGUUUGGUGCCAAUGUUCCAAAACCAACCCCUGGCACCUCAGGAGAUUCACAACCAGCUGCGGGGGCAGAUGCUCCCCUAGGAGAACCUAAAGAGGGUGAACCUGUUCCGGAAGACAUCACAACCUUUUAUGACAAGAUUGACAAAGAGGAGGAGGAUGAAGAUGAAGCUGUUCUCAAAACAGUGUCUUUUGAAGUGAACCAGGAAAAAAUUGAAGUCCUUCAGAAGAGAUGUAUUGAACUGGAACACCCUCUUCUAGCUGAGUAUGAUUUCCGGAAUGAUACAGUCAACCCAGAUAUUAAUAUUGAUUUAAAACCAUCAGCUGUACUGCGUCCAUAUCAGGAAAAGAGCUUGAGGAAAAUGUUUGGUAACGGAAGAGCUCGUUCAGGAGUCAUUGUGUUACCUUGUGGUGCGGGCAAAAGUUUAGUGGGAGUGACUUCUUGCUGCACUGUAAGAAAAAGAGCUCUGGUCUUAUGCAAUUCUGGUGUGUCAGUUGAGCAGUGGAAACAGCAGUUUAAAAUGUGGUCCACUGCCGACGACAGCAUGAUUUGUCGUUUCACUUCAGAGGCCAAAGACAAGCCAAUGGGCUGUGGUAUUCUCAUAACAACCUAUUCCAUGAUCACUCACACACAGAAGAGGUCAUGGGAAGCUGAACAAACCAUGAAGUGGUUGCAAGAACAGGAGUGGGGCAUCAUGGUUCUAGAUGAGGUGCACACGAUUCCAGCCAAAAUGUUCAGAAGAGUUUUGACCAUUGUUCAGUCCCAUUGCAAAUUAGGUCUCACAGCUACACUACUCCGAGAGGAUGACAAAAUUGCAGACCUUAAUUUCUUGAUUGGUCCAAAGCUAUAUGAAGCAAACUGGUUAGAACUUCAGAAGAGAGGCUUCAUUGCAAGAGUGCAAUGUGCGGAAGUUUGGUGUCCCAUGACUCCAGAAUUUUACCGGGAAUAUCUAGUGUGCAAAACUUGCAAAAAAUUACUUCUUUAUGUAAUGAAUCCCAACAAAUUUCGUGCAACUCAGUUUCUCAUUAGAUACCAUGAAAGAAGAGGUGACAAAACAAUUGUGUUCUCUGAUAAUGUUUUUGCACUGAAGCAUUAUGCAAUAAAGAUGAACAAACCUUACAUUCAUGGCCCCACAUCCCAGAGUGAAAGAAUUCAGAUACUUCAAAACUUCAAGUUUAAUCCAAAGGUAAAUACCAUAUUUGUCAGCAAAGUUGCCGACACAUCAUUUGAUCUUCCUGAAGCUAAUGUGCUCAUUCAAAUAUCGUCACAUGGUGGCUCAAGGCGACAAGAGGCUCAGAGAUUGGGCAGAAUUUUGCGAGCCAAGAAAGGUGCGAUUGCAGAAGAAUAUAAUGCAUUCUUUUACACCUUGGUCUCCCAAGAUACAUUGGAGAUGAGUUACUCUAGGAAACGUCAACGGUUCUUGAUUAAUCAGGGCUAUGCUUACAAAGUUAUCACUAGACUGGCAGGAAUGGAAGAGGAGCCUGACUUAUUUUAUGGAACCCGAGAGGACCAGGGUCAGCUUUUGCAGCAGGUACUUGCUGCCAACGACAUGGAUGCUGAAGAAGAGAGAGUUCCGGGAGAAGGACCACGUCCGGGCCCCUCUGGUUUCCGAAGGGUUGGAAACAUGGGUUCUAUGUCUGGUGCAGACGAUGCUGUAUAUUAUGAAUACCGCAAGUCAAUCUUAUCUAAUAUAAAACAUCCAUUGUUCAAGAAGUUCCGCUCCUAGUCUAGAGUUCCAUUAUUUGUGAUGUUUAAGUUAUUUGUUGGUUUGAUACCUGUAUUUUCCCACCACAUCAAGGCACAAUUGUUUCUUCAUGUCAAUUGUGAGUAUUGUAGCCAAUAAAUUUACCUGAAGAUAA